UUCUAUAUUUUUAUUGCAUCGGCGGCCGGAGCCAGUUUCUGGUUUUUCAUUCCGAUUCCGGAUCUCGUUUACUUUACCCAAAGAGAAGCGAGCGAGCGAGCGAGCGUGAGAGAGAAGAGGUAUGUCGAGGCCGGCUCGGAGCGACGUUCAUUUGCCAGUGGAGGAGGCGGCGAAGAGAGAGGCGGAAGCGCAGGAAUAUUUCCAAGGAAUCGCCCCCAAGCGCCACUCCAAGCCCUCUCGGAGCGAAUACUCUCCCGGCUACUCCGACACCCUCCCCCCUUCCGAUGAAGAUUCUAUCCCCGAGAUCGACAAGCUCCGAGAUCUCCAGGCCGAUCCCCAGAAACUGGUUUGCGAUGGAGGUGAGGUGGUAGAGGAAUACGUGGAGACGGAGUAUUACAAGGAAAUGAAUUGCAUCGACAAGCGACACCACACGACUGGAACAGGGUUCAUCAAGAUAGAGAAAUCCAAUGGCAGCUGCAUUGACCUGGGACCAGUCUCCCCUGCAUCUGGCCGCAAUGUGUCUUGCAAGGGAAAUCCAGCAACAAAUGAAUGGAUUCCAUCUUCAUGACACGAUAGCUCCAAUCUCGAACCUACCUAAUAGGAGUGAUAUAUGACUUUGUUUAAUUAUGGAUCCCUAUCGUCAAGAGAUCUCUAUCAGCAAUUUGGCAUGGUAUUCUAUAAACAUUUGAGUGCAAGUGACAUUUGUGUUGUGGUUCCCAAAAGAUACAGACACCUAUGUGCAGCUAAGAUUUGUCACUUUUGAUCCCUAAAUAUGAAUAUGAGCUGGAACAGUUCAAUUUUAGCGGCAUUGUGUACUGCAGCUUUUCCAUUAACUUGCAGCUUGUUCAUGAAAAUGUUGUUCCUCAUCAGAAUUCUGUGAAUCGCUUUGGUUAUGGUAAA